AUACACGUGUUUUUAUUCUAUGCAAGUUCUUAAAUAUUUAAAACGCGUUGGCGCGAAAGUUUGACGUGGAACGAAACGUUAAAAUUUUCUUAUAAAUUAUUUUUUUUAAAUCAGUAAGAAGACUAAGGACGUCGCCAUUUUUUCCAUCGAAGUUUCAAUAUUAUCUUGCCUUUGAUGUUUAAAAUUAGGCUGUUUUAUGGGAAGCGAUGCGUGACACGGAUAAUUUAAGGGAAAUUCAUUAGUGUGCGACAUACAGCCGUCAUUCUGUUUGUGUUCAUUUUUGUAGUGAUUUUGUGAUAAUUGUGCUAAUGGCAGAUAGUGAGAAAGAGGGGGAUUCUGAGGAAGCGACUGCAAAAGGAGAGACCGAGGAAGAAGGCACAGAGCUCGAGCUGGAGGCUCUGUACCGGCGAUACUGUGUGCGAUUAAAACACGCACUGUUCGUGUCGGCACUUUGCGUCACGCUGUUCGGUGCGGUUGUACUGUUGUGCGCAGUAUGCAUACUGCAUUCACAUGAACUAGAAACACAAGUGAAGAGUAUAGUGUCGUUAUCAGUGAUAACGUUUGUGCUGUCGACUGUACUGGCGUUGGCGUUGUUACCACCAGCAGCAGAAUGGGAGAUGCUGGCGCUGGUAGGCUCCAUACUGGUGACGCUGAGUAUAGGAGCUGGUACAUUGAUGGCGACCCACCACGCUCCGUUGCCACUCUUCGCACUUAUACUAAUGGUGCACACAAUGAUGCCUCUAGCGAAGUCUAUAGCCCUCGCCUUGUCUAUAGCCCUCAGUCUAGCCUACAUGGGACUAGCGAUAGGCCUACGACCUGAUGGUGAAGAGAAGCAGUUCUAUCAGCAGCUGUGCUGCGAAUUGCUCCUCCUAAUAUCAGCUAACGGGAUCGGACUGUACUACCGGGCUCUGACGGAGCGAGCUCAUCGUAACACCUUCGCGGGCACCAGGACCUGCCUGGAGCAGCGUGUCAAGCUUGAGUGUGAACGCGAGCAGCAGGAGAGGCUACUGUUGUCGGUUAUACCGGCUUAUAUUGCUGCUGAGGCGAAACGGUCCAUAAUGCUGAAGAUGGCUGACGCGUGCGUGGACAGCUCCAAGCAGACCAGGUUCCACGAGAUGCACGUACAAAGACAUAACAAUGUCAGCAUCCUGUAUGCAGAUAUUGUCAACUUCACCCCGCUGUCGGAGCGUCUGAGCGCUUCUGAUCUAGUGAAAACGUUGAACGAGCUUUUUGGAAGAUUCGAUCAAAUUGCGCAGGAAAACCAGUGCAUGCGUAUUAAGAUCCUCGGAGACUGUUACUACUGCGUGUCUGGACUGCCAAUUUCAAGACCAAACCACGCCUACAACUGUGUCAACAUGGGCCUACAGAUGAUAGAAGCUAUAAGAUUCGUGCGUGAAGCGACUGGCUUCAAUGUGGACAUGCGUAUUGGGAUCCAUACUGGUAACGUCUUGUGCGGUGUGCUUGGACUCCGAAAAUGGCAGUUUGAUGUGUGGAGUGAUGACGUCACGCUCGCUAAUCACAUGGAGUCUGGCGGUAUAGCUGGUCGUGUUCAUAUCACGAAAGCAACACUGCUACAGCUGGGUGGCAGAUUUGAAGUGGAACCAGGUGACGGUGCUUCGAGAGAAGGCUACUUAGCAGACCACAAAGUGGAAACUUAUCUUAUAGUACCACCCAAGAAACCAUCAGAAAAUGGCCGCCUAUCAGUCUGUACUGUUGACCGCAAAGCCAGUAUUGUAUCAUCGUUAUAUCAAGACGUAUCACCGACCAGACUCCGAGACAAUAUCAGCCCGGCGCCAUCCCAGCACAGCUUCGUGGAACAGGAGCUGGUGUCGAAGGUUCUGAGGACGGAGUCUAUGAGGACCACGCCAGGAGACCUAAGUCGCAGAGCGUCAGUGAAGGUGGAAUCCAAGACAGUGGCCUUCGAGAACAACAACCCUGCCACGAGUCCUGGCGAAGGUCUUGGUAAUGGAACUGUCAUCACCACUAAACCUAAGAGCCGGAGUGGUUCUAUCAUCGGUGCCAUCAGUCCUAUUAUGGGGACAGAGGAUAGUUCUAUCGACUCCACACCAUCUACAACUGACGCUCUACAACCGACUUUAUUUUCUAGGAUGUUAAGCACCAUUUCCGUCGAGUCGCUACCAACGCCCGGUGUACCAUCCAGAUCUCGUCCGUCCAGCAAGAUGACGAAGUAUGUAGAAUGUUGGGGUGCAGAUAAACCUUUUGCUAAUAUAACUGAUUCAACUCUCGCCAAAAAUAUUGGAAUAUCCAGUCUUGCGAUGAUUGAGCAAAAUCUGUUACCGCAAAGAACGACGUGUUGCGAUUGCAGCAAUAAUUCUGAAGGUAUGAAUCGUGUGACGCUAUGGUUCAAGAGUGGUACACAGGAGCGGCAGUACAGGAACCAGCCCGACGAGCAGUUCAAGUAUAACGUAGCGUGCGCGACGCUUCUCUUUACUCUGCUGGCCUUUAUACAACUACUCACCGUGCAGAAGGGCAUCGUGAUCUAUUCUUCAUUCGGGCCUACCUUCAUUACUCUUCUGGUGUUUGUGUAUUUAUCUUGGUAUGACGGCCAAUUCAUCCGCCGCGGGAUGCACCCAUUGUCUGAUGUGCCGGUCCUCAGUGAGGACUUGUAUACUGACAAUUGCACUAAGCCUGGUCAGGUGGUGGCCAGCAAUCGUUUUAUAAGACUCACCAUGUUCCUGGUGACGGUGCUACUGGUAGCUGCCUGCUCUGUUAUUAAUUUGUUGCAGACAACCGUGGUGCAACAGUUUCCAAUAGAUGGCAGUGUUAGAAACAGUACCGUGUCAAACUCCACAGACUCGCUAAACAUAACUCCGUUCCAGUACGUUGAAAUAGAUUCAGCUCCCAGUUACCUGUAUAGUUCAGUGUUGACACUGGCGUCGAUAUCGGUGUUCCUGCACGUGGGGUUUGUCUUUAAGUUGGUGCUAAUGUGCUUAACUCUGAUCACGCAUAUAUCUCUGUUUGCGUCUACUGAUCUCUUCGAGUAUUAUCCGAUACAGGACAUGGAUACAGAAUUUUCAAUGCUGCCCUACGCAGCGAAAGCAGGUAUGGCUCUGGUCUUCCUUGCUGCGAUGCUCCAUAUCCUGGAUCGACAGAUUGAGUUCACCUCCAGGACAGACUUCCUAUGGAAGGACAAGCUCAAAUUUGAACAAGAGGAAGUGGAAACCAUGAGGGGUAUCAAUAAGAUUCUUCUAGAAAAUAUAUUGCCAGCACACGUGGCCCAACAUUUCCUGACUUCCGUCGCAUCAGAGGAAGAUUUAUAUCAUGAGAGAUACUCGAGUAUAGCUGUGAUGUUUGCGUCCAUACCCAAUUAUAAGGAGUUUUACGACGAGACCGAUGUUAAUAAGCAAGGACUGGAGUGCCUGCGUCUGCUCAACGAAAUUAUAUGUGACUUUGAUAAAUUACUGCUGAAGCCAAAGUUUAGUUGUAUAGAGAAGAUCAAGACAAUAGGCAGCACUUACAUGAUUGCGUCGGGACUGAGGCCAGGGAAGGAAGAACAGAUUGAUGCGAGUAGAAAAGAGGAGCACACGGUGGGGAUACUGGUGGAGUUUGCGAUAUCCCUGAUGACAAUAUUAGAUCAGAUCAACAGAGAAUCAUUCCAAAGGUUCAAGCUUAGAAUAGGUCUGAAUCAUGGCCCUGUGAUAGCUGGAGUGGUGGGAGCUCAGAAGCCCCAAUAUGAUAUUUGGGGGAACACCGUCAACGUGGCGUCCAGGAUGGAUUCAACGGGGAUUAUGGGGAAGAUACAGGUUACUGAAGAUACUGCUAAGGUACUAAUGAACGUAGGCUACACGUGCGAGUGUCGGGGACCCACGUUCGUGAAAGGAAAGGGGACUCUGACCACAUACUUUGUGAAAACCCCCAACAAUGGAAAUUAAAUUAAUUAAAAUUGUUAUUCAUUAACCGUUUAGGUGUUUUUUUGGAAUACUCUAAUCCUUUUGGUCGCAACUGGCCUUUACAGAUGAUAGGGGGCGAGUGCAGAUGGCACUCCAAACCCGCGGAAGGACUUAUGGAACGGCUGAAGGCCAACUCCUGCCUGACGGAUACGACUUUAGUCUGAUGGCACCGGUUAGUA